CUCCCACUUACAUUCACUGUUAUCAAUGAUUUUUUUUGUCUCAAAUAUUGUGAUUUGCUGCAUUAUCUCAUGUCAGCACGUAAUAUCAAAGUCAUUGGAUUAACCAAGAGUAUUCCAACCACUCCCCUUUAUUUAAAAAAUCUUAUUCUCUGUCUGUAAUUUUCAAGGCAAACCCUCUAAUUAAAAAAAAUGAUUUAGUAGAAUUCAAUGUCUAUUGUAGUAAAAUAUACUUUAAAUUUUAAAAGAUCAUAAAAUAAGGAAACUAUUCACUACCCACUGAAUGGCGAGGACUAGCUGAAUCCUCUCAAUAGACAAAAUCAACUGACAAGGCAAUUAUUUUCAAAUGCUUGACUGUUGAUAAUUGACUUCCAUUGUCGAACAAUGACUCGAAGUCUAGUGAUAUUGAAUAAAUUGUGCAGGUUUCACCAAUUCACUUCAAUCAGACUUACGUCGACAGUCAUGAAUCCCCUGGUAGCAGUGUGUCAAAUGACGUCGAUAGCUGACAAAGAGAAGAACUUCGAAGUUGUCAGGAAUUUGGUAGUUCAAGCUAAAGAACGCAGAGCCCAAAUAGCUUUUUUCCCCGAGGCCUGUGACUACCUAGCAGACAAUAAAAAAGACAUAGUGGCCUUGAGCGAGCCCCUGACAGGCUCCACCGUCUACAAAUACAAAUCUCUAGCUGCUGAGCAUGACAUUUGGCUAUCAUUGGGUGGAUUGCAUGAACGACAGUCUGAGGAUUCCGAAAAAAUCUCAAAUAGUCAUGUUCUGAUAAAUAAUCAAGGGUCCAUCGCGGCUGUGUACAGAAAAAUUCAUUUAUUUGACAUGGACAAUAAAGAUACAGGGGUACGAUUGAUGGAGUCUGAUUAUGUGGUGCCAGGGGCCAACAUAACUCCGCCAGUUUCCACGCCCUUUGGGAAAAUUGGACUGAGCAUUUGUUACGAUAUGCGUUUCCCAGAGUUAUCUCUGACCCUGCGAAAAUCAGGAGCCGAUAUUCUGACAUUCCCUUCAGCAUUCACUUAUCAAACCGGUGCAGCACAUUGGGAGGUCCUCCUGCGAGCCCGAGCCAUCGAGACCCAGUGCUACAUCAUAGCAGCAGCUCAAACUGGCUCCCACAACAAGAAGCGAACGAGUUGGGGCCACGCAAUGAUUGUUGACCCCUGGGGUGCCGUCGUUGCACAGUGUGGGGAAAAAACUGGCAUUGCAGUGGCUGAAGUCGAUUUGAAUUUCCUAGAAAAUGUUCGUAGGAAUAUGCCCUGUGAAAAUCAUCGUAGAACAGACUUGUACCCAACGAUGAACGCCUCGACUUGAUGGUUAUAGCAUAAGACAAACAGAUUGUUUAUAAACAUAGGACUUAAAUAAAAGUAAUUAAAUUGUUCUGCGACGAAA